AUGCGAAAGAAGAAAAUACUGCUCACGGGCACGUUGCUGUUUAUGAGCUGGGGAACCAUACAGCUCUACCUCUUUGUGCACAAGCCUCAAUAUCAGAUAUUUCGUUCGCCUAGAUCGUGGUUCUCGGGCCUGCAGUCGAAUGGAUCGCAGAGCACCGAGGCAGGGCCGCCCUCGGCAGAGGGGGGCGCAAACGGCGGAGCCAGCACACCGGCGGCACUAUCGGCGGUCACACCGAGCAGUCUAUUUGACUUCAAAGCGAUCGCGUCUAAAGUCGACUCACUCGAACAUGAUCUCAGUCGGCAGAUCAAGUCCAACGAGGGCAUGCUCAGGGUCCUUCGAAUAGUCAAUCGAAUCGCCAAAAAGACGGGCAAGUCAGUGCAGGAGGUGCUCAAAAACAAAGAGUACCUGGACUCGCUCAGUGAGGGGUUUAUAGGCAAGGAACCAGUGAUAGCAGUUCUACUGUUUGCCUGCAAUCGAGUCACCGUGAAGCGCAAUCUUGACCAGCUUUUCAAAUUCCGUCCACCCGGCGCUGAGGAGAUCUUUCCCAUUGUGGUCACCCAGGACUGCAACCACGAUCCCACUCGGCAGAUCAUUCAGUCAUACGGGAGCAAGCUGAAGUACAUUCAACAACCCGACCAGUCGGACAUUGUUCUGCACGGCAAGGCACAGAAAAAGUUCAAGGGCUACUACAAAAUAUCGCGGCACUACGGCUGGGCGCUGAAUCACACCUUCAAUGAACUUAACUACAACACAGUGCUCAUUGUGGAAGAUGAUCUUGACAUUUCGCCGGACUUUUUUGAAUACUUUCUUGCGUUGUAUCCUAUUUUAAAAUCCGAUCCGACUAUCUACUGUGUUUCGGCGUGGAAUGACAAUGGCAAAGAUGGCAUUGUUGAGCAGGAUCCAACCAAGCUUUAUCGUUCAGACUUCUUUCCUGGACUUGGUUGGAUGUUGACUAAAGACCUUUGGAUGGAGUUUCAAAACAAGUGGCCAAAAGCUUUCUGGGAUGACUGGAUUCGAGAGCCUGAACAACGCAAAAACCGCGUCUGCAUUCGACCAGAACUGUCUCGAACUAAAACCUUUGGCAAAAAAGGAGUUUCAAAUGGUCUUUUCUAUGAGAAACAUCUAAAGUUUAUCAAGUUAAACGAAAAAUUUGUGCCUUUUACUCAAAUGAACCUAACUUAUCUUCUCAAAGAGAACUAUGAUGUCGAAUUUCUGAAAGCAGUCUACAACAGCCGUCAAGUGGGCGUCAGUGAGAUGCGAAGUUUGCCUGUUGCUGAAGCUCCUGCGCCCUCUUCCGCGCCGGUUGACCCGAUUGGCGGCAAUCGCAAGUCAAUUCGCAUUCAGUACAACAGCCGUGAUCAGUUUAAGAAGGCUGCCAAGGUGUUCGGUUUGAUGGAUGACUUCAAGUGUGGUGUUCCACGCACUGGCUACCAGGGCGUAGUCAGCUUUAUGCAUCGAGGUUACCGAGUGUAUCUGUCUCCUAGUCCCCUUUGGACCGGUUACAACAUUACCUGGAAGUAG